AUGGUAAAAACGAGGUCGAAGUCAGCGUCGCGGAUCGACGAAGACAGGCAGCGCUUCCUAGACGAGGGCGCGGCGGCGGCUCAAGCGCGUGAGCUCGCCCGCGUAGCUGCAGAGAGGGCCGGAGGCGCCGACGCGGAGCGUCUCUCCCCUCCACCUGCCGAGUCGACCGGCGCAGAAAGGACCAAUCAGCGCGCUGCGAGUGCCGAGCCGCUCGGCGCAGCGGCCGCGCUACCACCGAUCGAACCCAGGUUUGGGGACUUACCGAGGCCACCGAGGUCUCCAUCGCAAGAUACAAUGAUGCUGUGGAGCAAGGAUCUCAAGAAGCGCUUACGGCGUCUAUCGAGACCGACACCGAUACCGUCACGUCAUCCGAAGACAGUCACCAGAGACUAUACGACGUCACAACCGCAGGUAACUCCUAGGGAGGCAAGCACCCCGUAUGCCCCUACCCGCUCUCAUUCCGUGCGUUCGUGCGCGAGUACUAUCGUCGAAGCCAGAGUCUCCCAGAUCGAGUUGGAAGCGGACGAGCGGCUAGCGGCGAUCAAGAAAAAGGAGUUACAACUCGAAGCCGACUUAAUUCGUAAGCGGCUAGAAACCCAGAAGCUGCAAAUACGUGCAGAAGGUAGUACGACCGACGCGGUUUCCGAUCCAGACGACGUCGAGCCGCAAAAACAAAGAAGAAUCCUUAAGUGGAUGGACGAAUCGCAGGACAAGACGCGAACCGAGCCCGUCAAGUCCAACAAAAGGUUAGCCAACGAGCCACCGCCAGACUACGACACUCCCAGGCGACCUACGCAGGCGGAGCGGCAUAUUCGACGUCGCUCACCGAGCCGCGAGGAUCGUCGGCGAUCGUUAUCGCCACCGGACGAGCCCCGUACGCCGCACACGGCACGUACGCAGCUCACGAACGAAGGUACGGUUGCGGAGUCUAUGCUGCAGUUAUUCGAGAGAAUGCAAAUGGCGGCUCGUCCGGCACCGAAAGAUAUAUUCGAGUUGCCCCACUUCUACGGCGAUGUAAGUGAGUGGCGAAGUUUCUACAAUACGUACACCGAGACGUCGAAGAGAUACAAGUUUACGGACUACGAAAACGUCGCGAGACUGCGUAUGGCGUUACGCGGGGACGCGAAGACGUGCGUGUCACACGUCCUAUCGACCGCUACGAAACCAGACAUGAUAAUGCGGAUAUUGAAGAAGCAGUUUGGCCGAAGCGAAGUGCUUUUGGACAAGGCGAUCGAAGAUUUGCGAAGACUGCCGCAGUUGGGACCGAGCGCGAACGAUCUCAACACUUUCGCAAUCAAGAUUAUGAACAUAGUGUCAACAAUCAUAGACGUCGACCGAAGACACUAUGCCGAUAAUCCGAUGCUCAUACGAGAAGUCACGGACCGAUUAUCGCCUCAUUUACGCAGCAGAUGGUGCGACUAUGCAGCCAGGCAUCGGGACAUCGACGAUCCGGAGAUUCUACAACUCGCGGAUUUCCUGAUGGAGGAGAGCGAGCAAGAGAUGUCGUUCUGUCACGCUCGCGCGGCCCCGAGGCGCGCGCAGACCCCGUAUGCACCGCCGCACGCGCGCGCGACCGGCGCUCGACUGACUGCAUCCGCGCCGCGCUACCCCACUCCGGCUACCGCGAACGCGAGCCGCUACGCGAUUGGCCCGAAAGUCACGUACGCCGCUCGUCAUGUAAACGUCGCGAAGUCAACGUGCCUGUAUUGUGGGGGCAAUCAUUCGACACCGGACUGUCGUAAGCUCGCCACACAGAGCAUAGGAGCGAGAUGGGAAUGGGCGAAGCUGAACAGGAUCUGCUACAGAUGUAUGGACGCGAAACAUCUCAAGAUUCAAUGUAAGGCGAAAGCGUGUGGCGUGGCAGGCUGCCCGCACGUGCAUCAUCGAUUACUCCAUGCUGACCCGAUGCAGGAGCCAAACGAAGACACUACAAUGGCGGUAACUCUGUCUGCGCAACGAGCGGUUGCCCCUCCGAGAGUUACGUCAUCGGUCGAGCCAGCGGCGAGAGCGGAGCCGCGGCCCUCAGAACGAGAGGACAACGACCCACGCGUGUACGUGUCAUCGACCCCGAACUAUAACGUGCUGCUCAAGGUGCUACCUGUUACGGUAACAGGCCCGAAAGGUACAGUUCAAAUUUUUGCCUUUUUAGACGACGGAUCGACGCUAUCAAUGAUAGAUCAAGAUGUCGCGGACGAGAUAGGAGCAGUGGGCGAGGACGAGCCCCUCUGUAUCCGCGGAAUACGCAAUCUGAAGCAUACAUCAAUCACGCAAACGGUAAAGGCAACAGUGAGAUCUGCACGAGGAGGCACCGCACACGGGAUCGUCGUAAAAACAGUAGAAGGUUUGGGAAUCAGAUCGCAGUCGCUCAAUAAAGCCGAGUUAAUGAAGUACGAGCAUCUCGCAGACCUAGGAGACGAGUGCUACACAGGUACGGGAGUACCACAGAUGCUGAUUGGAGGUGACUUUAGUCAUUUAAUAACUCCCAUGGAGAUAAGGCAGGGCGGCGAGGACGAGCCGUGCGCGAUGAAGACUCCAUUGGGAUGGGCAUUUUUCGGAAGAAUGCCGCGUAUAAUUCGUACCGUCGAGCAAACAGUCAUGCAUUGUCGUACCGACGACGAAGACUUGAACGAGCAAGUGAAGAAACAUUGGUCGAUCGAGGCGCUUGGAGUAACACAGAAAGAAAAUGUAAGUCCGAGCGAUCAGCGAGCCAUCGACAUAUUCAACGCUACGGUACGCAAAACUACGAGAGGCCGGUACGAGGUAGGACAACUGUGGGCGUCCGACGAAGUGAAGCUACCACCGAGUUAUGUAAUGGCACGAUCGAGAUUGCAUAAUCUGGAAUCGCGAAUGCGACGCGAUAAGGACUUUGCCGCGGACUACGCAGCCCAGAUACGGAAGUUACUACAAAAAGGAUAUGCUGAACGCAUAAUGGAACCACCACAAACCGAUCGAACUUGGUUUUUGCCGCAUUUCAGCGUGUUUAACCUCAACAAAGGAAAAGGGAGAGCCGUAUUCGACUGCGCAGCAAAAAGCCAAGGAAACAGUCUGAAUGAUUACAUCUUAGCGGGACCGGACUUGCUACAGAGCCUGUUAGGCAUACUACUGAGGUUUCGCGAAUGGAGCUUCGCAGUAGUAGCGGACAUACAGGAGAUGUUUCUUCAGAUCCAGAUACGAGCCGAGGACCAACAGAGCCAGCUCUUCUUGUGGCGAGGUACAAGAAGAGACAUGGAGCCGCAGGUUUACAAACUUAAUCGAGUUUGUUUUGGGAACGUGUCGUCACCUUUUCUCGCGCAUUCCGUGCGCAACCGGAAUGCGAUCGAUAACGCAGAUAAGUAUCCCGAGGCGGUCUACGAUAUCCAGAACAACCACUACAUGGAUGACUACGUGGCGUCAUACAAAACCGAAAACGAGCUGUUAAGAACAUCAUCGCAGGUACGAGACUCUCACGCCGAAGGGAACUUUCACUUGCGAGGCUACGCGAGUAACAGCGAACGAUUGCUAGCGAGUAUAGAGCCGGAAUUGCACGCACAGGAGCCGACGCAUCUAGGCGAGAGACAGCAGACCGUUCUAGGUAUGACCUGGGACCCUAGCACCGAUACGCUAGGCUACAACACGAAGAUGCUGCGUGUACCGGAGGCCGUGAAGACUCGCGAGCGACUGCCGACAAAAAGGGAGCUACUUAGCGCGAUAAUGUCCAUUUACGACCCGAUGGGACUUAUCGCACAAUACGUAAUAAGCGCGAAGAUUAUUUUUCAACGAGUAUGGGCGAAAGGGACGACAUGGGACGCACCGUUACCGAACGAAGAAGCCGAAGACUUUUUUCAGUGGCUGAAAGCACUGAAAUUUGUAGCGACUCUACGCAUUCCGAGGCAAUACGAGUCGCCGAGUAGAGUAACAAGGUACACUCUACACAUUUUUACAGACGCAUCGACCGAGGCAUAUUGCGCUGUAGCGUAUUGGCGCAUAGAGAACGCGGAACACGAAGUGCAGGUCAGCCUGGCGGCGGGUAAGAGUAGGGUUUGUCCCCUGAAAGUACUUUCCGUGCCGAGGCUGGAGCUGACAGCUGCAAUUAUCGGAGUCCGACUGGCAGACACAAUAAAAAACGAACAGAGAUACGAUAUUGAAAAAGUAAGUUAUUGGACGGACUCGCAAGUGCUGCUAGGAUGGAUCAGAGACGACGCACGAAACUACAAGCCGUUCGUGUCACACCGCUUAGCUGAAAUAGCUGAAAAAUCGGACCGACAAGCGUGGAGGUACGUGCCGACCGACGUGAACCCGGCAGACCACGCUACACGAGGCAAGCCGACGAGGAAAAUCGACAUCGACGACGAUUGGUAUAAAGGCCCGCCAUUUCUACGCCGACCCGAGGCGGAGUGGCCGAGUCAAAAUAUCACUGAAAAACCGAGUGAAGACCUCCCUGAAAAGAAGUCUAACGUGAAGGCGGAGACCACGCUGACUACGACUAUAUCGAGACCGGACCCAUCGAGCGUGUUACCGGACAUACGACGUUUCAGUAACUACGAUCGACUAAUCAACUCUACAGCCUACGUGUUGCUAUUCGUAGAAAAAUUGAAAACGAGAAAUAGAAGACUACAGCUUCAAGUAAGUCACAUUAAGCGAGCCGAGCAUAUGUGGCUACAAAAUAGUCAGCGGAGGAGCUUCCCGGACGAGAUACGAACACUGAACGCGGGACGAGAACUGGAGAAGAAAUCGAGAUUAUACACUCUAGCACCCGAGCUGAGCGAUGACGGCGUGCUACGUAUGAAAACCCGCUUAGGUAGCGCUCCAGUCUUGUACUCAUCACUGCAUCCUGUUAUAUUAGACGGAAGGGAUCCAUUUACCAGAUUAAUGGUCCUACGAGCUCACAGACGAUCAGCGCAUAUACAUAACGAGGCCGUUAUAAAUCAAUUGCGUCAAAAUUAUUGGAUUUUGCAGUUACGACCGACCGUGAAAGCUGUGGCGCGAGAUUGCGCGCUGUGCAGGCUACGCCGAGCCUUGCCGCGCGCGCAACCUCUUGGCGACCUACCACCCGAGCGACUACAGGCUUACCAGAGGCCAUUCACCUACACCGCGCAAGAUUACCUAGGUCCUAUGUACGUGACCAUAGGCCGACGACGAGAGAAGCGCUGGGUGUGUCUGUACACAUGCCUAGCAACACGAGCCAUACACUUGGAAAGUGUAUACAGCCUGUCAACGGACAGCGCACUCCUCGCGCUACGUCGCUUCGCAGCGAGGCGAGGAUGGCCGAGCACCAUGUAUAGCGACAACGCAACGUGCUUUAAGGCCGCAUCGAACGAGCUGCGUGAGGCCUACCGACAAUGGCUUCCGCAACUACAAACCUACGGCGUGCAACAGCGAAUGAAUUGGAAAUUCAUUCCCCCCGGCAACCCCUCGGCAGGCGGAGCUUGGGAGCGCAUGGUGCGCACCGUGAAGACAGCAAUGCUCUAUACAUUCAAUACUAGAGCCCCGAAACCCGAAGUUUUCGAAACUAUAUUGACCGAAAUCGAAAAUAUCGUCAACCGAAGACCGCUUACACACGUCAACGUAGACCCGGACAGCGAAGAAAGUCUCACACCGGCACACUUUCUUUUGCUCCAAAACGCUAACCUACCGAUGAUUGGAGCCUACGACGAGAACGAGACGAGACAAUGGAAAGCUGCCCAGGCGCUAGCUGACCACUUCUGGCGGCGCUGGACGAAGGAAUACUUCCCACUUCUGGCACCACGCAAGUCGUCCGAUGACGGAGGGCGACAGAUCCAGCCGGGAGAUGUGGUCAUCAUAUCCGAGCCGAACGGACCACGUAGCGUGUGGCCCAAAGGAGUCGUCGAGAUCGUCUACCAUGGACCCGACGGACGGGUUCGCUCCGCAGACAUCAGGACGAGGCACGGGACGCUACGCAGGCCAACCUGUAGGCUUGCGGUCAUCGCGUCGCAACCCAGACACCAGGAGUCUUCGACUGCGGGGACAAAAUGUUAG